GAUUUGAACCAAGUGGUGCAUUUCGGUGAUCGCGAAACACCGGUGGUGAAUCUGCGUGGUGAGAAGUUGUUCGAUGCAUGGAGUGAUAUAUUCCGUGCUCGCCCAAUGAUGAAUGUGCCGUUGUAUUCGUUCAAUCGAAGAAACGUUUUUGAGGAUAACCUAUGGCGAGAAAAGAGGAUUUGGCACGGCUCAGACGCUAGCGGUACGCGUAGUGAAUCUGGCUAUUGUAACGCAUGGCGUUCUGGUGAUAAAUUACAUGUGGGCAGUUCAUCGCCUCUCGGACCAGGAAUGCCUUUGUUAGAUGGUUGUCAAAACAUCGACUGCUCUCAUGAAUUCGCUAUUCUUUGUGUUGAGGUCAGUGAUAUCGCACUUUAA